AUGAUGCUGGGUGUCAAAACGUCAGGAACAGCAGUAGCUUGCUCUCACUUCUUAUCCCCUCGCGCAUUCCCUCCUACCGCCGUCACUCUUCGCCAUCUCAACCCCUAUUGUUCAUAUCGUUCAAUCAAAAUGUCUGCUGAGCAAAUCGUCGAACAUGUGGUGCUCUUCAAAGCCAAACCUGAUGCUGACCCUUCAAAGCUUGCCGCCAUGGUUAACAACCUCAACAGCUUGACUUCUCUCAAUCAAGUCGUUCAUCUCAGUUCUGGUCCCCUUAUACGUGACAGAUCUUCCUCUUUUUCGUUCACGCACCUACUUCAUUCUCGGUACAACUCUAAGUCCGACUUGGCUGAUUACUCUGCACACCCUGACCAUGUAAGUGUUGUUAAGCAAUACGUCUUGCCGAUGGUUGAUGACAUCAUGGCCGUUGAUUGGGUUCCGAUUGAAUUCUCCGGUCCGACUGGUGUGCCGCCUGGUUCGGCGAUGAGGCUUACGUUUCUUAAAUUGAAGGAGAAUUUGGGGGAAAAUGAAAAAUCACAAGUUUUGAGUGCGGUUGGGGGAAUCAAAGAGAAAUUCCCCGGGAUUGAACAGUUGACUGUUGGGGAGAAUUUUUCUCCGGGUAGGGCGAAAGGUUUUUCGAUUGCUUCAAUUGCGGUUUUCAAGGGAGUGGAUGAAUUGGAAGCUUUGGAGUCACAAACAGAGCUGGCAAAUGAGCAGAAAGAGAAGGUUAAGGAUUUUUUGGAUGGUGUUGUUGUCGUGGAUUAUGCUGUUCUUCCUACUCAAUCAGCUAGCCUUUGAGAAGGCUUAUGAUCAGCAGUUGAGGUUAUUCUUGCCUCUUUCUAGAGUUAAUUGCCCCAUGUACUGAUGAUUUGCGUUUAAACAUGCUAAAUAAAUUCAGUUAUCCGUC